UUUUCCCUCCGCACACGUGUCAAUUAACCCCAAAAUUUCCGCGUCUUCCCAUUUUGCCCCUCUCCGACAUAAAUAUAUUUUCUUUCCCCAAUUCGUCUUCAAAUUUUUUUCCUUUAUCGUUCCGGCCGUUGAAUCUUCGAUCUGCAAAUACUGUUCUUUCCUCCAGUUUCGUGGUGCUUUCCUGAUCGGAUCGCCGUUAGGGCAGGGCGAUUUCGAGCCCCUCAAAUCGAUUCAAGGACUCAAUAGCUAUAUCUCCCUCAAUCGGUUGCGGCGGAAAUAUUAGGGUUUGGGUUUGAAGAAAGGGAUCAGGUUCUGUAUUGAUUAUAUCUGAUUUUUUUUUAAUUACUUAUAUUUUUCUUGUUCUUUUAUUUUUCUGUUUUUUGUACGUGACUUGACUGGGUAGGGUAUGUGAGAGAUUCUCCGAUAACCUAGGCUUGGUAAUCUUGAUUGUGCUUUUUUUUUUUCUCUUUUGGGGUAGUUUUUUUCCUUCUUCUAGGAAUUCAUUGAUUCUUUUUGUAUAUAAUAGCUGGUAGUGUUUUUUUCAAUUGGGUUCAUAGUUUUAGCUGAUAAAAAAACUGAAAAGGUUUGGAUUCACUACAAGAAAGGCUCGGUGAAGUUUUUGGUGCUCCGUUUUAGUUUGUCAUUGAAAAUCGAGGGAUUUCUUGUUUGAAUCUUUUGUAAGAAAUUCAUCUAAUCCUUAUAGAGGUUGAUAAAAGAAAAAAGAAAAAAAAAGGAAAAAAAAAGAAAAAAGAAAAAGAAAAAAAGAGGUAAAAUAUACUUCUUGCAAGCGAAAAAGCCUGUAUCUUUUGGUUGGGCUUUAGAUUGGAGGGAGAGGGGGAGAGAGAGAGAGAGAUUGAGGGAGAGGUUUUGAGGUAGAGAUAUUGAAAUGGCCUUGAACUAUUCGCAUCGGCCCGUGUUCCCGGCUCACACUUCUGAAAAUAAUAUGUGGUCGCCUAUGAGGACUGUGAACGGUUGGCUUGCUGAGGGUGCUCCUGAGAAGUAUGGUGAAUGUUAUUCAAGGCCAUGGCUUCCGAGCCAGGAAGAGAUGGAGGAGUGGCAUUUCAUCAGGAACGAUAAAGUUGAUCGUUGCUGCUCACCAGAGUCAAACUCGAGGGACAUUGUUGACCGUUUGCCCUCUGAUCCAUUUGGGAUGGAUAUACAGACCACCUUCACAGCCAUCACAGGAUGGCUUGAGGACUUGGAGGUCGAUUAUGGUGGGUAUGUUAGGAGCAAUAGUCGAAGAUCCAGUCAAGAGAAUUAUGAUUUGUUUGCCGGGUGGAAUCUAAUUUGGAACAGUGCUCUAAAGUCCCGGCCUUUUUCCAGCAGUGUUCAGUUCAACGAGAAACUGAAUUCCAGUAUUCUGUCAAGCAGUCCUCAGGUUUAUGAGAAACCUGAUGAUACAUUGGAUGCUAUCAGUAAGGUGAAUGAAUAUGUGGAGGAGAGAGGGAUGGAGGGUUCAUUGGCCCGAUACAACAACGAAUUCCCUCCAGCCUGCAACGAAAGUUGGAUAAUGGGUUUCGACAAUGAGGGCACUAGCUGCAGUCCUGAGUUGCAGUUUGGAGAGAAAGUGGAGGGUGCUGCCAAAUCUGAAGAAGCACCCCAUGAUGCUUUUAAAUUUUGUCUAAUGUAUCUGGGGGUGAAAGACCUCUUGUCAAUAGAAACAGUUUGUAGGUACUUACGGUCUGAGGUUCGAGGUGAACCAUUGUUGUGGAAGAGUAUCCACAUCGACCAGCCUCUGAAUGAAAAGAUCACGGAUGAUAUUCUUUUGGAAUUGGCUUGUAGGGCGGACGGUACCCUUCAAAGCCUGAGCUUGGUGGAGUGCCCAAAAAUCACUGAUGAUGGUAUAAGGCGCGUACUUGAAACCAAUCCACGAUUAACAAAGCUGUUCGUUCCUGGCUGUACAAGGCUCACUGUUGAAGGGAUGUUGAGUAAUAUAUGGACCCAUAACUCCAAGAAAGAUGUCCCAGGUAUAAAGUUCCUGAGAAUAGGGGGCCUUUAUGGUGUGACAUGUGAACACUUCGAUGUGUUGAAGGCUCUGUUGGGUACUGAUGACAACAUGCUCAAGAGUCAUCACAGGCCACACUUCUAUCAUCGAGGAAACUAUUACCUUCCAUAUGAUGAUGAUCGGGCAAUAGAUAUUGAAAUGUGCCCAAGAUGUGAGAAAUUCAGGUUGGUUUAUGAUUGUCCGUCUGAGGGAUGUCAGGUGAAAGAUAAUGUGCCCCAAGUCUGCAGAGCGUGCACGCUGUGUAUAGCGAGGUGUGCACAGUGUGGCACGUGUAUUAACGACAAUGAGUAUGAGGAGACUUUCUGUUUGGAUUUGCUAUGCUCGGAUUGUUUCAAGCAGCUGCUCAAGUACCAGGACAGGCUUGAUAAGAAGGUUGACCCAUGUGGAGACCACAUGAACAUGAUCGCUUAACUGACCAUGCGUAUGAGGCAGUAUUCGUUGCUGUUGUAGUCUCCGCCUCUGGUACAGAACCAAGAUGAUCCAGGUUCCACUCUUGGUUACUCGUUUUCUUCUUGCUUUGCUAUGUCCAUUAUCAUUUAUGGAAAAGGGCAAUCCGCCCACCAAAAAAAAGGAAAAAGGGAGGAAAAAAUGAAAAAAAAAAAGAAGAAAAAAAAAAUAAAAAAAUAAAAAAUAAAAAGAAGAAAAAGGCAUCAUAAAAAAAAUACUUGUCCUUGAAGCAGAUGGUAGUUCUAGCAAAAUGGAAAUCUGGCCGUGUGAUGAUCUUAGAUAUUAGUUGACAAGUGAACUCAAGGCGGGAGUGUGCCUCGCCUCCGUUCAGCUGAUUGUGCUUUGGAAAAGCUUGACGCACCUCCUGUUCUGAAGAAGGUUGCUUUCUGGUCUUGCCAAUGCCUACCAACUCUUGGUAGAUUGGGUCUGUGCUCUUGCAGGGAUCGUAUUCGUCUCAGAGGUCAUGGUGUAUUCGUCGCAGAGGUCAUGGCGACGUUAUUUCUGUUUCUUCUGGUUAUCACUGGGAUUCCUCCGCUGGGAGUGUUUCUUGAGUUUAUAUUUGUUAUUUUGUUGUGCUGCUAUUUGCCUCAGGAACGUUCGAUACUUUUGGAUAUUUUUUAUCAAUAAAGUUUGCCAUCAUCUUUCUUGGCACUCACUUAUCUAAA